GAAGAAAGGCAGAAGUAGGCGUUAAGACUGACGUGCCUGCCUUGUAACAAUAGUGAAGACGUGUUCCUCACUCCCACUCAAGAAAAGUUCUCUCAACAUCCACCAAGAUGGGAAUCCGAAAAAAGACCACCAAGAACCCUCCGGUGCUCAGCCACGAGUUUGUGAUCCAGAACCACGCGGAUAUCGUGUCUUGCGUUGCUAUGGUGUUUCUGUUGGGUCUUAUGUUUGAGAUUACCUCAAAAGUAGCAGUUUUGUUCAUAACUGUGCAAUACAAUGUAACCAUUCCAGCAAAUGCAGGUCCCGAGGAAACAGCAGUGAAUUACUUCCAUUACGGUCUGAAAGAUGUGGCCACCGUCUUCUUCUACAUGCUAGUUGCAAUUAUCAUGCACGCCAUUAUUCAGGAAUAUGUGCUGGAUAAAAUCAACAGGAAGAUGCACUUCUCCAAAACCAAGCACAGCAAGUUCAAUGAGUCGGGUCAGCUGAGUGCCUUCUACCUCUUCUCCUGCCUGUGGGGAGCCAGCAUUCUUGUUUCUGAGAACCUCCUGUCCAACCCUGUCAGCCUGUGGGACGGUUACCCACACACCCUUAUGCCGUUCCAGCUGAAGUUUUACUACAUCUGUCAGCUUGGUUACUGGCUUCAUGCUAUCCCUGAGCUCUACUUCCAAAAGACCAAGAAAGAGGACAUUCCUCGUCAGCUUGUUUAUAUCAGCCUUUACAUGGUCCAAAUCACAGGAGCCUAUGUUCUAAAUCUGAACCGGUUGGGCUUGGUGUUGCUGGUUCUGCAUUACUUUGUUGAGCUCCUCUUCCAUGUAGCCCGACUCAUUUACUUCAGCAAUGAAGACCGGCAGACCGGGUUUACAGUGUGGGCUGUUCUGUUUGUGCUGGGCCGGUUGUUGACUCUUUCCCUGUCUGUUCUCACUGUGGGCUUUGGGCUGGCCGGAGCAGAGAAACAGGGUUUGAACCUCGCAGAGGGAAGCUUUAAUGUCCUGUUUGUUCGGGUGACCGUCCUGGCUGCAAUAUGCACCACUCAGGCUUUUAUGAUGUGGAAAUUUAUCAACUUCCAGCUGCGCCGAUGGAGAGAACACGCACAGACUCAGACCUUAAAGAAGAAAUCGUCCUCUUCUAAGAGCAAAUCAAAGAAAGCCAAUGGUGUGAAUGGAUCUGUUGGUGCCAGUGGAGCAGAUUCUCCCCGAGCGAGAAAGGAGAAGUCAUCAUAAAGUCCCAACUUCUGUCCAGGAUGAAUCAUUUCUCUCCCUUCUCUUCAUCAUGCAUUUUGUCUGUAGCCCAUUUUCCCUUUCCCCUCAUUUAUCAGAAAAAGAAAAGAAAAAACUGCUUUUUGAUCCUGUAAGAUGCUGAAUGCUGUAUUUCAUGAAGCCAUCCAACUAUUAUGUCUCUUUGCAUGAAGGGCUUGAUGAAAAGUGGCUUUGGGGGAUUUUGGAGUUUUUUUUUUUAUUCUCCUCUACAUUUGUUUUCUUAUUCUAAAGGUCCAUAUGCUCUUUACUUUAUUUUCUUAAUGCUGCCAUCCCAAAUCCAAAUCUAUGAUCCAGCCAUACCUACAAAGAAAACAUGAAAGCUGUGGGGAAAAUGUAACUUAUUUUUACAAGUGCCUAACCAUACAGAUCAGAGGACUUAUUCAGUAUUUUAACUUGAAUUUGAAAUCAGGGUUGUAUUUAAAGUUCUCUGAAGGCUCACAGUUUUGGUUUAUUCUGUCCUAUGCAUUUGGAACUAUUUCAAAUGUCUCUUUAUUUGUGUUGUAUAAAUGCAUUGUCACAAUAUUAUUCUUUUUUUCAUCAAAAAAAAAGAAAGAAAUCACAAGCUAAAAUGUUAAUUUGAUGCCUUUUUUUAAGAUAUCAAUUUGUUGUAUUUUUGUGUAAUUAGUCAAGGUAAACAAAAAGUUUUGUAAAUUUUGUAAUUUAAUUUAGCAAAGGAUGAUGAACAAAAAGAAGAAAAGCUGUAUGCUUUUGAUUUGUCAAAAGGUUAUAGCUUUUAU